CGUUGCAGUUGACCUCACUACUGUCCUGCACUUUCCCAAGUAGAAAUGGCUUUCCUGCGGUUCGGCAUCCUCCUAGCAGUUAUUUCAGUAGCAGUUUCUCAAGAACUGUUCUGUUCUUCACCCUCAACGUUCUACAUUCCAGAUGUCAAGGCCAACUGGAUCGCAGCUGUGCAUCAUUGCAACCGCCUCGGAAUGCGUCUGGCCGUAGUCGAGGCCGAAUGGAAGCAAACCGAGAUUGUCCGAUUAGCGCGCAGUUCCCACAUGUUCCUGGCAGAUGUCACCAGUUUCGAUCUGUGGAUCGGUGCAAACGAUAUGGCUCUGGAGGGAAAGUUCAUAUGGCAUGCCACCGGAUUGCCACUCGGGUAUACCAACUGGAAGAAAAAUGAACCGAACAAUUUGCACACCAAGGAGCACUGUGUGCACAUGUGGUACCUGCCGUCGUCAGACUUGUACUGGGACUGGAACGACCUUGACUGUGAAAAUAGUUUUUAUUUUGUGUGUGAGAAUGUCGGAGUACAACCUUGAAAAGUGUAAA